AUUGACGUCAGUUUGCGUCUCUUCGGGCGGGAGCUGGUCGAACGAGUAGCUUUGAGAAGAGCUAACUUUCUUAAAUCUUUCCCGAGAGCUGUACAACUUCUCCCAGAGACAUGGCCCAGCACAUUGAAGAAGAUUUACCGCUCAGCCUUGCGUGUUUAAAAACGGUUGAUACCCUGCUACGUUGUCCAAUUUGCUUUGAUUUCCUCAACAUUACAAUGAUGACUAAGUGCUCCCACAAUUUUUGCUCUUUGUGCAUCAGAAAAUUUUUGUCCUACAAGCUGCUUUGUCCAGUUUGCAACUCGCAAAUGACAGAACAGGACUUGCAAAACAACCGCCUGUUAGAUGACUUGGUCGUUAACUUUCAAGCUGCAAGGAAGCAGUUGUUAAAAGUUAACUUUGAAUCGCCUCCAAUAUCGCCAAAGACUCCAGCUUCCGCUGUCAAAUGCAAAACUUCCAGGGAGAACAGCCAGAGGUCCGGCAGUUCCAUUUUAAGUAACUUUUUCCAAAAGAAGCCCAGAACACCUCCCGGUAAAGAAACUCGUCAGGAUGUUCAUCGGGGAAAAGUGCAGAGAACACCAAGCCGUAGAGCAAAGGGCUCUGACCUACAUUCUGGAAAAGCUCAAAUGUCAGCGGUUGUGAAGGAAGAACCGGUAGAUGUGGAGGAACCGUCUAUCAAGGUCCUGAUGUCCCUGAAACAGCAGGUCACGCCUUGUCUGACUCCUGGGUUUGAGAUGGCACAUUCGUCAUCGCCAUCAAAAGAUGUAAAGCCUGCAAUCAAAGUUGAGUGUCCUGUGUGCUCUGUUAGUGUGGCACAGCACUUUAUCAACAAACAUCUGGACACGUGUCUUUCCAGCGGGGAAAAGAAGGAAAGCCUAAGAAGCUCUCAAGGCACGGCCAUGCGUCCGAUGGCAAAGCUAGUGUACAAUCUCCUUUCAGUACAGGAUCUGAAGAGGAGGUUGAAGGACUGCCAUCUGUCAAUGCAAGGUUCUCGGGACCAGCUCAUCAAAAGACACAAAGAGUUUGUCUACUUGUACAACUCGCAGUGCGACUCCCUGACGCCUAGAUCAGUUGAAGAGCUUGCUAGAGAGGUGGAGGCCAAUGAGAAGAUGAGAAGUCAGAUGCACGAGAAGACUAAACCUGUCAUGGUUUUCACAAAGAAUCAGUCUGAGGAAGAGAUUGAGGAGAUGCAUUCAAAUUAUAGAAAGCAGCACAGUGGUGACUUCUUUCGGCUAAUUGCACAGGUCCGAGGCCGACUGCAGAGCACCAGACAAGCCCAUAUGAAGCAGGAUGUGAAGGUGGAGAAAGAAGAGACCCAAGCUUCACAUUCUUCUGUCCAUGUUGGAGAAACAAACCAUUCUGUAGUGAUAAAGGUUGAAGAUGAAGAAAAUGAUGAGGAUUCGUUUGCAAGAGGAAUGGAGUUGCCAUCCAGCCCCAGCUUUAGUGACGUGUCCAUCAGCAGUUCUAUUUCAGACAUUUUUGGUCCAGAAUCUUCCAUAAACAUUAAAGACACAGAGACGUCUUCAGCAAAGAAGCGACCGUCGAGCUCCAGAGGCACGGACACAGAAAUGUCACCUGAUACAGGAAAACGACAGCGUAAAACAUGAAGGGUCGGGCCAAGAUGCAGUGUUAGUGAAGGUCUCAUUCAUUUGAAAGGAUUAGCACAGUUCAAAGAUUUCCUUCCUUUUCAUAUGUUAUGGUUUACUUUGUAAUUACUUUGAAAUAAAUUCUAUCGCAUUUUAUCAUAUUUGUCGCAUAUAUAUUUGUUGUCAUGUGUUCAGUAUUGAGGUAAUAUUUGUAUUUCACUGUUUAUUCAAAACGAGAACUGUGGAAACAGCACUUGAAAUGGAAAUACGUUUUACGUGCUGCAGGUUUAGUUUGUUGCUUCAAAUCGACUUAGCACUUAUUAAAGAUUAGACUCAUGCAAAUUUAAGAGGUUUCUGCUCCCAAAGGUUUUUCCUCUGAAAAAAAGAUUUCUGGUGAAGUUUUAUUCCACUGAAGUUGUCUUUUUCUUCCCCCAUUUAAUCCAUAGUUUAUACCACUGUAAAUUGCAGCCUAAACCCAAAUAAAAUUGAAGGAACACUAAGUAUUUUUCCAAAAGGCACAUUUCCAUUUUUUUUUCUUGCAUUGAAUUGCUGUAUGUCAGUCUGUUUGCUAAUCUUUGACCUCCAUCUUCUAGGUCUCCCACAUGUUUUUAAAACUCCACAGAGGAGCUGUGCUGAACGCAGUUUCAAUGUCAUUUGCAAUUUGAAAGUUUACAACAAAUCUGCACCUUUUGAAAUUGAUUGUUUUUAUUGAACGGGAAGAAACUAGGGUUGGUUUAAUUUAAUAAACGCAAUGCUUGUGGAAACCCCAAGUUAGGACAAGGCAGAGUGUAAACACUUAAGAAGCGGAGGGAGUGUUUAUGAGUGCGUGCACAGAAGAUUUGGCAGGAAAUCUUCUGGGAGCCGACCCUGAUUGAAAACAGAGCUAGCCUGCAGUCAGGCAUAUGGCCGAUCAGACUGCUGUGAUUCUCCUCAGAUAAAGCAGACACGAAAAUAUCUGUGGACUCUUAAUAUGAACAAGGAACAAACCCCACACUCCUCAUUCCUAUUGCUAGUGAGUCGUUUCUUCCUGCACUAUGGUACAUUUUGUCUUUGCCGUUUUUAGCCGCACUGCAACUCUUCAGUGAAAUCCAGUGAAAUCAAGAUGAGACUAAAUUGCUUUUGAUAAAGGUUCGAUUUGACCAGCUGUGAAGCAGGAGGAGAUCUCAUCAAUCCAACAUAGCUCACUGUUUGGGAGAGAUCCAUAGAGUGCAUCUGUGUCAAAGUCACCUUAUCUGUCUGCGCCUGGGUGGUAUUGGUGAAGAGGACAUCUUAUCACUCGUCCAACAUAAGUCUCAUAAAUCUCUGGUCCACCGUAUCUAAACAUGCAUUAUAUUCACUCAUACUUCAGCUUUUCGUGAGAACCUUGACCCCCUUCAUUACUUUCAAAGAAAGGGUGACCAAUCUUUGUCUUGGUGAGGAUUCAGUAUGAUUCGGGAGAUCAUUAAUCCUCAGAGCAGAGUGUUCUUUCACUCAUCUGCAAGAUCUUUCUUUAAGCUCAGACUGUAAACAGGGGUGAGAAUAAGUGUAUGCCCCCUUUGUGAUUUCUUUUUUUUGUUUGUCACAUCUAAGAGUAUAAGAUUCUCAAACAAAUGUAAAAGCCAGACAAAGAUGACGCAAGUUCAUACAAAAUCCACCGUUUAAAUUAAGGUGUUUGUUAUGAAGGGGUAAAAUCCAAAUCUAUAUGGAACUGUCUGGAAAAAGCAAUUGCCCAUAACCUGGGAACUGGUUAAGCCACACCUUAAAGUAACAACCGCAAUCAAGCCUUUGAGAUAAUCAAGUUAAUUUGUAUUGCACAUUUCAGCAAAAAGAAAGUUCAAAGUGUUUUACAUCAUGAAAACAUAAACGCAUCAUACCUUCAACACUGAAAACCAGUAACAGACAUUUGGUCAAGUGCCAUUGUUAAAAUUGUCAAUACACAUCAAUAUAUAUCAAUGUUCCAUUUAUUAUGGUUCAGAAGUAUCUAAACAGAUGGGUUUUUAAUCUUGAUUUAUAGGAACUCAGUGAUAACUGAUCAAUUCGUUUUUUACAGUGCUGUGGAGGCAUUUUUAACCCACCCAUCUUAGAAAACAGCUGCUUUCAGCACACUAAUAAACCUGGUUUACAGGUUUAUAAUUUCCUUGAGCUAGGAAAAAAGGAAGGACACUUGCUUUCUAUUUUCCUUCAUGAAUAUGUUUUCCCUCUGGAAUUAGGAAUGAGGUAGAUGUUUUUCUUUGUUGUGCUGACUAUUCUCUUUUGCACUGUGUUUACUUUGGCUCGAAAUUUGAAAUUAAACCUCCAAGAUAUCAUUUUAUGUCAUAGUUGGAAACAACAAAUUGCACACUGUCCAAAUCUGAAUAUACAUAUGUUUUGACAGCUUGAAGCAAAACAGGAAUUUCUGCCUUCAACCUCUUGCAAAAAUGUUUGGGAAAGAAAAAUAUUUCUUAUGAUGACCCCAAUGAACCCCUCUAUGUGAAUUCUUACUGCAAAGAAGUUUAAAUCCAUUCAGUAAGGGCAUAAUUGUUAACAUCUAGGGCUUUUUUUCCCAAUGUGGAACAAUUACACAACUUUAAAGAAACUUAAAAACAAGAAUUCAGAAGGCAAGUGUCUUGGUUGCCUUUUGUUUAAUCAGAAUUAGUGAAACUGGUUGGUUUCCAGACCUGAACCAGAGUUUAAAGCAAAGUCCAUAAAUCUUAGGUAUGGUUGAAGCCGGAGCUGCUCUAAAGCAUAAUGCUAACCUGCUUUAUCCAGUCCAAAACCAUUUCAUUUGUGUUUUUGAUAACUGUCCUGUUACAACAUCCAGACUUGCCCAAAAUAAACUUCUCUGAUCUCACUUUCCACACUCAAAUAUAAGGAAAUUGGUCAGGAUGUUCAAAAGUAAACCAGAAACCGCCCAAACUUGUGUUUCCCAUAAACUAGAAUAGGCUAGGACACCAGUGAUAUAGUCCGCAGUGAAACCAGUUUAAGAUCGCAGUGGAUGGGGAAGUUUUUAGCUAUAAAAGACCUACCUGCUCCAAAAUGAACACCUUCAAGCCAAAUGGCAGGAAGUGACAAAGUGAGAUAUUAAAAACCUAAGCACAAUGUUCCCCUUGUUCAGAACAGUAGUGGAAGUGAUCUGCUGUGGGACUGUUUCACUGCCGUUGGCACUGGUACUCAUCCCUAAAUAGAAUAAUUAGCAGCACCUCAGAAAUCUUUAACUACACCUCAAAUUAACAGUAAAAAGUAUUGACACAGCUGGUUGUUCCACCUGCACUACGAUACAAAACACACAUCAAAGCUGAUUUGUUGGACAGCUUUGCUUGACCACAACUUUUGUUGAAAAUUUCUGGCCCAUGAUUUUUAUUUUAUUUUUCAUUUACUGUUACCUGUCAGCAAUUUGAAUUAUUUGUAUGGGUCUGGUUGUGUGUGGAUUAAGAGCAAGAGCCACAUUAAAAUGUUCAUGUUUCACCUUGUAUGUGAAAGUUUGACCCUUUUUAAAGAUAUUCACAAUAAAAUGAGGCUUGUUUUUAAAAUAGUCCACACAGUUUAAAUUAAUAUUUAAAGAUGACAAAAAACUAACACUCCAAACUACAAAAUAUAUGACAUUAAGCAAUUCAUCUGGCUAUAAAUACAAACAUAAAGAUUUAAACAGUGUAAUUGUAUGAGCGUGGUUCAAGGCUCAAGCUUAAUUCAAGCUUUUAAAGGUUAUAAAAACCACAAUAAAUGCAAAAAUUAGGACUUUUUAUUUUCGAAAAUUAUUUCCAAGUUUUUAAUAAAGCAUGGAAUAAAUGUUUAGUCAGGUCAAGAUUAUUUAUAAUAAUACAGAGAUAAAAUCCCAAACGUCCACACUGCAGGGCUGCCUGGAGAAAAAAAACACUUUAUUGGUAAUGGCACAAUAUUAAUUUUUAACAGUAAAUAAUUUUACUUUUGGUGAAAUCUCGAGUGCAAAGAAUUAAGUUCACAUAAAAAUGAAAGCAUAUGCAAAAGUAAAUUUAAAAAGAACACUUAAUUUCUUAAAAUAGUGUAAAAAUAAAAAGUUAACCUUAAAUUUGUCUUUAUGUUUUAUGUGUUGUACACUGAGCAUAGCUAAGACUCAAAGUCCAACCUGAAGAGACGUAUUUUCUCUUUGGAAAAGAAAAACUGUAGGACUUGUUCAUUGUGCAGGUUUGGUCUCUAAUUUAUCUACAUCACAUUUGCAUUAUGCUUUCCUUGUAGCACAUUUGGCUUAUCUCAAAACAAGACUGAGCAUCUGUCUCAAACACAAGUCUCCAUUUCAAACCAAUCAGCUGGCUAAUCAGUGCAGACUUGUAAUCUAUGAAAUGCAGACUGGGGCUUUUUGCAGAGCAUGACAAAAACUCUGUAAACAUAAGCAAAACACUUUCUAUCUAUAAUGUUUGAUUAUGACACUCUGGUGUGUUUUGGUGCUGCUGCCUACAAUUUCUUGAAGUAUUUUCAUUUUUAACAAAACAUUUAAAUUUGCUUGUUUUCUGAUCAUUCUAAUGUUUUUGGUUUUAUUUGUUAUUCCUUUUAUUUUUUUUACAAGUACAAGUGUUGCAUUGAUUGGUCAGUGGACCACUUCCUCCUACCUAUAUGUUUGUUGUCUGGUAGACAUGGACGGUACCAGCAGUCGUACCGCAAGAUGCAGAUCCCAUUUAGUUACAAUAAUGCUGCAGCAUCCUUUGAACUUCACUCACAAUGCAAUCAAAGGCCACCAUUUGAUGGCUGCAUCUUGGUCACAAAGGCAUCCCAUAAUUACAUGCUGUUUGUCCAUCCAUUAAGAGACACAAGCUGAAGCACAACCUUUCAAUAAAGAUAGAAUAGAAAGGGGCUUUAUUGUCCCACAGAGGGAAAAUUCAGGUGCAACAGUAGCACCAGAUAUAUUUAAGUACGCACUAAGGUUCCAAAAUGUAAAAAACAAAAUAUAAAAAACAAGAUUAGCUAUAAUAACAAUGCUACAUUACUAUGAUUUUAAUAGAAAAAUUAAUGUGCAGUUAUUAGAUUUGAAAUAUUGUAUUCAUGAUCCAAGGGAUGUGCAGCUGAGUACAAAUGAACACAUGAAAAGAGCUGCAGAAAUCUACAGCAUUUUAUCACUUAACAACAGCCUUAAAUCUCAUGUCUUUUCUGAUAGACUAACACAAAGCACUACAUAUUGUUGAAGUUGAAGAAAAACGUUUUUAACAAACAAAAAUCUAAAAUUUUGAUGGAUAAAUGUAUUCAGCCCCCUGAUUUGUUUGUGAAAAUGCUUUUCACAGCAAUUACAGCUGCCACUCUUCUUGGAAUAUAAAUUCUUUAGUUUAUUGUUUAACGUGUUAGUUUUUUUUUUUCUUUUACAAAAGUU